ACACUCUACUUCUGAGCCGCUGCUGUCAACAUCUGAAUCAGAUGGCGAUCACAGUUGUUAUUUAGGCAGGAACUGUACAGGAAAUCUCUACAAGCUACAAUAAAUCACGUAGGCUUGCAACCACAAAGAAGCUGGUGAGAGAAAGAUGGAGCAAAUGAGUGUUGCUCAUGAAACAGACGAUGGCCCUCAAGAGUUACUUCACUCUAACAAGGAAGUGGUUUAUCAUUUCCAACCCAACUGCACCGCUCAGAGUGGAGGCAAUGUGGUUGCUCCAUGCAUCAUUGGUUCUACCAUCACCAAUCUGAACUUCAUUAUCACCUCAACGGGCCAAGGAUCUAUUGUUUCUUCAAAAGAAGCAUCGAACCAUGACACUGCAGACAUCAGUGAUGAUCUGAAGCCCCAAAAAGACAAGAUCACAGAAUGUCAAGAGGAAUUGAAAGCUAAGCUGAAGAGGAAGUUUGGCCACCUGCUGCAGGGGAUGAUGACUGAUGCACACAGGACACCUCUCAAUAAGAUCUACACAGAGCUCUACAUCACUGAGGGAAGAAAUGGUGAAGUCAACAAAGAGCAUGAGGUGAUACAGUUUGAAACGGCCUCCAGGAAACAUGCGGCCCAGGAGGAAUCAAUUCACUGCAAUCAGCUCUUUGUUCCUCUACGAGACCACCCCAUAAGAACUGUGAUCACAAGGGGAGUCGCUGGCAUCGGAAAAACCGUAUCUACCAAUAAGUUCACACUGGACUGGGCUGAGGGGGAAGCAAACACCAACCUGGGAUUUGUAUUUCCUUUGUCUUUCCGAGAGCUGAAUCUCAUGAGGAAGCAAAGCUUCAGUCUAGUCGAACUUCUCAGUGUCUUUUUCCCGGAAACUAAUGAGACAGGAAUCUUCAGGAAUGCCAAUAACACAAUGCUCUUCAUCCUGGAUGGUCUGGACGAGAGCCGCCUGUCUUUGGACUUCCACAACACUGAAAUAGUGUCUGAUGUGACGCAGAGGACCACAAUUGAUGUGCUUCUGAUCAACCUCAUUCGGGGAGGACUCCUUCCCUUUGCUCUCGUUUGGAUAACAUCUCGCCCGGUAGCCUCCAGUCAGAUCCCUAUGGAAUCUGUUGAUCUAGUGACAGAGGUGCGGGGGUUCAACGAACCCCAGAAAGACGAGUACUUCAGGAGGAAAAUAUGCGACCAAAACCUAGCAAACAGAGUGAUCGCGCAUGUGAAAUCCCACAGAAGUCUCCACAUCAUGUGCCACAUACCAAUCUUCUGCUGGAUGGCGGCGAGUGUUCUUGAGAAGAAGUUGCAGACGACUGCGAGUAAAGACACGCCAAAGAGCCUUACUCAGAUGUACAUACACUUCUUGUUCUUGUACGUGGAGGACAUCAGGAAAAGGUUUCCUGAAAGAACUGAGUCAAAUGCAAAAUGCAUGAGAGAUAUGCUCAUGUCGCUGGGUAAACUGGCCUUCCGGCAACUCGAGAAGGGCCACUUGAUCUUCUACGAGAGCGACCUCAACUCGGACGGUAUUAAUGUUUCCCAGGCGUCCAUGUUCUCAGGAGUCUACACACAAAUCUUCAAUGAGCAGCUGACACUGUGCGAGGAGAAAACAUUCUGCUUUGUGCAUCUGAGCAUCCAGGAAUUCUUUGCUGCAUUGUAUGUCUACCUCAAGUUCCACAACGACAACGAAAACGUCUUGGUAAAAAAGCUGUCCGCGUCAAGACGCUACCUGUUCCAAGGACCAUCAGAGUUCAUCCUAUACAAAGAAGCGGUAGAAAAAGCUUCACGGAGUGAUGAAGGACAUUUUGACAUCUUUCUGCGCUUCCUUCUGGGCCUGUCUCUGGAAUCCAAUCAGACUCUGUUGAAGAACCUGAUGACCACCAACAGAUCAAAACCGAGAACCAGGAAGGAGAUCAUAACACACAUAAAACAGAGGAUCAAAGAAAGCCCAUCCCCAGACAGAUGCCUCAAUCUCUUUCACUGUCUGAACGAGCUGCAUGACCAGUCCCUCAUUGAGGAGAUUCAGAGCUACCUCAGCCCAGGCAGUCUCAACAAAGCCAAACUUUCUCCUGCGCAGUGGGCCACUCUGGUCUUUGUUCUACUGACAUCAGAAAAGGAGCUGCUUGUGUUCGAACUGAAGGACUACACCAGGUCAGAGGAAGGUCUCCUGAGGCUGCUGCCUGUCAUGAAAAAAGCCAGAGAUGCAAAUCUAAAUGCAUGCCAUCUUACGGCUGCUUGUUGUAAAAUCCUGGAGAUGGGCAUCCACUCAUCCGAAAUCAGAGAGCUGGACCUAGGCAACAACAACAUCACAGAUGAUGGAAUAUUAGUGCUUUCUGAUACAUUGAAGAACAGCAAACUUGAGAAACUAAGACUGAACAGCUGCAACCUAACAGACCGCAGCGCCAGGGUUUGGGCCUCUGUGAUCAGCUCAGAUACCAACCAGCUGAAAGAACUGGACCUCUCUCACAAUGACCUCAUGGACGUUGGAGUCAAAGAGCUCUCUGUAGGACUGGGGAGUCCUCACUGUAAACUGGAAAUACUCAUGUUGGCCUAUUGCAGCGUGACAGAGGAAGGCUGCACUUUUCUGGCAUCUGCUUUGAACUUUUCCCGUCUCAAAGAGCUCGACCUGAGCUACAACCACCCGGGACCCUUGGGCCUGCAGCUGCUGUCUGCGCUGAAGGAGGACCCUCGCUGCAGUCUGCAUGAACUCAGUGUGGAACAGUGUGGUGAAUCCAGGAUUCAGCCAGGUCCAAUGAAAUACACCAAGGAACUCACCCUAGACCCGAACACAGCACACAGAGACCUCUCUCUGUCCGAGGGAAACAGGAAAGCCACGCGUUGGACCAAGCAGUCGUAUCCUGAUCAUCCCGAGAGGUUUGACUUCUGGACCCAGGUGCUGUGCAGGGAGGGGCUGGCGGGGCGCUGCUACUGGGAGACCGAGUGGACAGGGAGAGCCUUCAUAGGAGUCGCCUACAGAACCAUGUGCAGGAAGGGAGAAGGUCACGAAUGCUGGUUAGGCAAAAACGACUCUUCCUGGGGACUUUUUUGCACCAAAGAGCGCUACCAGAUCUGUCCCGCACACAUGAAGAUUGAUUUAACCAUCCUACCCAGCUACAAUUCCAACUCAAACAAAGUGGGAGUCUAUCUGGACUGGUCUGCAGGGAGACUGACUUUCUUCAGGAUCUCCUGUGGUGCAAUGACCCUCAUCCACAACUUCGACACCACCUUUACUGAGCCUGUGUACCCGGCGUUCUGGCUGGGCUGGGUGGACUCCACAGUGUACUUGUGAAUAUCAGUGUGACAUAGUGACACUGAGGUUAAUCCAGAAUAUCCACUUUUAUCCAUCAAUGUAUAUAGGAAGUGAAAGUUUGUGGACCACUUUUUGAAAGCCUUGGUUUUGAAUUGCAACUCCCACGCCACUUUUGUGAUCAAGGUUCUGCUAUUUUAUGUCUCAUGUAGCCGGAAGGCAAAUUAGGGUUUUCAUGGACUUCCAUUUCAUAUUCGUUUUUAACCUCAGCAAUAUUGCAGGGUUAACUUGUUACCUGUCUGUUUUGUGUUGUUUAUAUGACUUUGUUGGACACUCUAAUGCAGUGGUUCUCGACUGGCCUCGGGACCCACUUUUUCCUUUGUCAAUAGAUCGCGACCCGAAAUUUAUAUAUUAUAUUCCUUCUCAGACUA